AAUACAUACAUACAUACAUACAUAGGCCUAUAUUCCGAGUCCAGAGCAGUGGGGGACUAAAGCAUUCUCGUCUAGUCUAGUCUGGUCUGGUCUGGUCUAGUUUAGUCUUCUAAUCUAAUCUAAUAAUGAGCAAUCACCACGUUCCCACCGGCGGCUACACCCCUGGCGGAGCCGUGGGAGUGGGAGUGGGAGUUGGAAUUGGAAUUGGAGCUGGAGCUGGAGUCCCGGACGACGAGUUCACGGCCGAGAUGCGGGACCGACAGGCUCGGGGGAAGGAUCCGUACGAGUCAUCCGAUGCUAGUAGCGAUUGGGGUCUCGAGGGGAAUAGGAAGUAUCGGGCUGGAGGCGGCAAAGACGAGCCCUACGCCGUACUCGAGCGCCGCCGCGUAGCCGCCCAAGUUCUAGAUAGCCCGGAACUACUAAUGAUGGCAGCGCAGCGGGACAACGAGAGCAUACCGGCUACCCGGCUCCGCUACACCCGCAUGCUAUGCGGUUUCGAGGAGCCGCCGCAGCCGCAGUCCGCGCGCAAGAAGUCGCACCGCAGCGGCGGUAGUGAUUCCUCGCGCGCGCCGGGAGGCUCGACGCCUGGUCGUUCGAGUAGGAAGGAGGCUCGGUGAAGCAGCAUGGGCGGUUAGGUUGGCGGCGGCGGUAGAGAAGAUCGAAGGGGGGGGGGGGGGGGCGGUGUCUAAUUCGAUUGUUUGGAUAGUUGGGCGUUGCCUGUGUCUGUUGGAUUAUGAUGAGAUCUAUUAGCUCG